AUGGUUUCUGGAGCCGUUUGGAUAGUCUACGCGAUCGUGUAUACUUUGUUUCUUGCCUUCGGCUUCACCAUCGGCAUCACCAUAUACGGCGCCAUCGACAGCAACGCCACAUCGGCGACCCAAUGCAGCACAACUUUCUGGGUCUGUUGGCCUAUCGCCUUCGUUUUGACAUUCUCGUUCGCCUACAUUAUCGUGAAUAAGGGAGAUUGGAGCCGAAUUCCGGCCAUGCUAGUUAUUUCAAUGGCUGGGUGGGUGGUCAAUAACUUCUGUGGGCAAGCGUUUGAGGCAGUAUCAUCCCUUGCUCAGGCUUUGAGGGCACUUACAGUCGGCGUCCUGGCGAAUGUCUAUUCGAGGAUCGAGCACGGCGUGGCUGCCGCACUUAUGCACCCCGCCAUCUACAUUCAGGUCCCUGGUAGCUUGGCCGCUUCGGGCAGUCUGAUCAUCGGGCUGGCGAAUGCGGAUCAGCUCACUAGAAAUGGAACGGGUUCUCCCCCGUCUCGACAGGCAGCUUUCUCACAACUCGAUGCGGGUUACACGAUGGUCGAGAUUGCCAUUGCAAUCACAGUUGGUAUGUCUGUCAGUGUAUUGCUAAUUUAUCCGCUGCGUAAGAAGGCGAAGAGUGGUAUCUUCAGCUUUUGA